AUGAAAUGUAAAAUGCAGAGUACACGUUGUUUACCUGCCUUCUCAGUGGAUGGUGACUUUGUUAUUGGUGGUAUAUUUUCUAUUCAUUACAAACUGCAUGCAGUGAUUUAUAACUACACCACCAAGCCAGAACCUUCAAGAUGCAGUGGCAGCAUUGACGCUCGGGACCUGCGUUUUGCUCGUGCAAUGAUCUUUGCAAUUGAAGAGAUAAACAACAGCACAAAGCUGCUUCCAGGCAUCAAACUUGGAUAUCAGAUCUAUGACUCAUGUGCUUCAGUGCCUGUGUCUGUGCAUGUGGCCUUUCAACUAUCAAACGGACAAGACCCUGAAUUUUAUAAAGGCAGCAAUUGUUCCCAGUCUGGAGUGGUGAUGGCUGUUGUUGGUGAGUCUGGAUCAACUCCUUCCAUCAGCAUGUCCCGCAUCUUUGGACCCUUCAGUAUCCCAUUGGUGAGCCACUUUGCUACUUGUGCCUGUCUGUCUGACAAGCAGCAGUACCCGACUUUUUUCAGAACAAUUCCCAGUGAUCAUUUUCAGGCUGAUGCUCUGGCCAAACUGGUGAAACACUUUGGCUGGACUUGGAUAGGUGCUGUCCGCUCAGACUCAGAUUAUGGAAAUAAUGGAAUGGCAUCUUUUCUUGAUGCAGCACAGAAAGAAGGAAUCUGUGUGGAGUACUCUGAAUCUUUUUAUCGGACCGACCCAAGUAGCAAGAUAAAGAGAGUAGCUGAUGUUAUUCGCAGGUCUACAGCAGUGGUUGUUGUAGCUUUUUUGUCAAAUGGAGAAAUGAGAGUUCUGUUGGAGGAACUGGCUCAGGCGCCUUCACCUCCUCGUCAGUGGAUAGGAAGUGAGUCCUGGGUAACUGACCCGAACCUAAUGAGCUUCAGUUUCUGUGCAGGAGCUAUUGGAGUUGGCAUUCAGCAAUCUGUCAUCCCAGGAUUGAGAGAUUUCCUACUUGAUCUUUCUCCCACCCAAGUAGUCGCCUCUUCUCUGCUUACAGAAUUCUGGGAAAACUCGUUCAACUGCAGCUUAAAAAAAUGUGAGCAAGAUCCUGAUCCAGACAAGAGACUGUGUGAUGGAACUGAAGACAUAAUGUUGCUUAAAAAUCCCUACACUGAACCGUCACCAUUAAGAGUCACUAACAUGGUGUACAAGGCUGUUUAUGCAAUAGCUCAUGCGAUUCACAAUGCAUUGUGUCAGGAAACAAAUCUCACCACUCAGUGUUAUAAAUACAUCAAACUGCUGCCUAAACAGGUUUUUACAGAAUUAAAAAAAGUAAACUUUUCUCAAAAUGGUUAUCCAGUGUCAUUUGAUGCUAAUGGUGAUCCAGUGGCUUUUUAUGAGCUGGUCAACUGGCAGAAGAGUGAGAGUGGAGGUAUUAAGAUGUUAACAGUAGGAUACUACGAUGCAUCACUGCCAAUAGGCCAGGAGUUUCGUAUAAACAUGAACAUAACCUGGAUGGAGGGUAGGACCCAGGUUCCAGUGUCAGUGUGCUCAGCGAGUUGUCCUUCAGGAACUCGGAAAGUGUUGCAGAAAGGAAAACCCAUCUGCUGCUAUGAUUGUAUACCAUGUCCUGAAGGAGAGAUCAGUAAUACAACAGAUUCUCAUGAUUGCUUCCCUUGUCAGAGAGAAUUCUGGCCGAAUGCAAAAAGAAAUGCGUGUCUUUCAAAAUCUAUGGAGUUUCUGUCAUUUGAUGAUGUUCUGUCAAUCACCUUGAGUGCUUUCUCUGUUUUGGGGGCUUGUCUGGCCAUGAUCACAGCAGCUAUUUUCUUUAAUCACAGAACAACUCCAAUUGUCAGAGCCAACAACUCAGAGCUGAGCUUCUUGCUGCUCUUCUCUCUGACUCUGUGUUUUUUAUGUUCAUUAACUUUCAUUGGAGCUCCCUCUGAGUGGUCCUGCAUGCUGCGACACACAGCGUUUGGUAUCAUAUUUGUUCUCUGUAUCUCCUGUGUUCUUGGGAAAACUGUAGUGGUUUUAAUGGCCUUUAAAGCUACACUUCCAGGUAGUAAUGUCAUGAAAUGGUUUGGGCCUCCACAGCAAAGAAUGACUGUUGUGUCUCUCACAUUAAUUCAGGUUUUAAUAUGUGCCGUUUGGUUGAUUCUCAGUCCUCCUUUUCCAGUAAAAAAUCUGACAACAUACAAGGAGAAGAUCAUCCUGGAAUGUGCAUUAGGCUCUGCUGUUGGUUUCUGGGCUGUGCUCGGGUACAUUGGUCUGCUAGCUGUUUUUUGCUUUGUGUUAGCUGUUCUAGCUCGAAAACUACCUGAUAAUUUUAAUGAAGCCAAGAUGAUAACCUUCAGCAUGCUGAUCUUCUGUGCAGUGUGGAUCACCUUCAUCCCAGCAUACGUCAGCUCUCCUGGAAAAUUUACAGUGGCAGUAGAGAUAUUUGCUAUUCUGGCCUCCAGUUUUGGACUCAUACUAUGUAUAUUUGCUCCAAAGUGUUUCAUGAUCAUAUUUCAGCCCAAGAAGAACUCCAAAAGAUAUUUAUUGAACAAAAAUCAAAUGUAA